AUGGGCCGUUCCCCUUCACGAUCCAGCGACGGCGCAGAUGCUGCAAACGCCCGCGUCGAGCCACGCCUACUCAAAGCCAUCGAGGACAAGAAACUCGAAGAUGCCGUCGCAAUUAUCGAGAACGCAAAAGCGAAGUCGCAGCCGACCGACCAUCUCUUGCGCAUAGGAUUAAUGCGCGCAGCCGAACGCGGAAACAUUGAAAUCACCGAAUACCUGCUGAAAAAUGGCGCGAAGCCAGAUGGAGGCCCGGGGGGCAGGGUUUCGCCCUUGUUCAAGGCGAUUGAGAAGAAUCAGGUCGGGAUUGUGCAGUUGCUCCUGAGGUUUGGCGGAAAUGUAGACGCGCAGGAUAAGCAGGGAAGAACUGCGCUCAUGACGGCUGCCUGGAAGAAUCACUUCCACAUUAUGAAUGAGCUCCUGAGGUGCAACGCAGAUGUCAACAAGAAAGAUCACACCGGACGGAACGUUCUACACAAUCUAGCGGCAGACAAGCAUUGCAAUUGGGGUCGCGACGUUAUUGCGGAGUUGCUGAAGACGAACAUUGCGAUCGAUGGAGAAGAAGGCCAAGACGAGCAGAAGAGGAGUCCUCUGCAUUGGGCCGCCAGCACGGGCAAGAAAGAGCUCUGCGAGAUGCUCCUGAGGAGAACAAAGCUACCUCGGGCGAAUAUAAAUGCAAUGGAAAUCAGACAGAAGACGCCCAUGCAUCUAGCUGCUGCGCACGGAAGGGACGAUAUCGUGGAGCUGCUACUUCUAUACGGCGCAAACGUCAUGGCAAAGAGUGAUGGCAAAUGGACCGCCUUGCACAAUGCUUGCGAACAAGGCAGUGUAAAGGUUCUCCAGAUUCUCAUUCUUGCAGGCGCAGACAUCAACGCGCGGUUAUUAAAUGGGAUGACACCGCUGCAUGUUGCGGCACAAGCCGGUCAUCUAGACAUUGUCAAAUGCCUGCUCGAGAAGAAAGAGAUCAAGCGCGCAGCGAAAGAUUCUUUUGGCAUCACUCCAUUCUUACGCGCUGCGCAAAGCAAGAAGCCAGCCCGCAAGGACAUCAUUAACAUCUUGGCACCGCACAACCAGGUCGAGGCGCUGAGUGAAGACGCGCUUGGAGCUGCCAACGGAUUCCAUGCUACAAUGGUGGAUUUUGGUAAUUACCAUAAUGAGAAUAAAGUCACUCGCAGGACAGUAUUCGAACUGCUCUACGCUCGAGACCCCAUCAAUCCAAGGAAGCCAGCAGUUUCUAUUCUACCGAAAGAUUCAAAGGCAACAAACUUCAGAUGGAUACAUUUGCCAGCAAACAACAUGGCCUGGGUGGAAGCACUCUUGACCAAGGCUUUCAUUGAAGAGGGGGCAAAUGAUGUCGACGGAUUCAAAGCCCUUGAAAGGUCAUUCGGUCAUCAGCAUCGUGGACAGCAGAUCCAUUCGCACUUCAUGAGGCCCAUGUGUCAAGGCGUUCCUCGUGCUCCCAAGCAUCAUGAUGAUUCGGACCUCUCUGAUGGUACUGAGAAGGGGCCACCAACAAUCGUUGUGAGCAGUGGCACAGGACUAGGUAUUGAUGUAGCUGGUGCAUCUGAAGGACCUUCACCUCAUGUACCCCGCACGCCUGUGCGGACAGGCACGGCGAGUACAGAGCAGACCGACUGGACAACCGGAUCAGGGUCGGGAACACUGCCUGGUAAAGACGGAAAAGGAAAAUCCAAGAACAAGCCUAAGAAGAUAGCACAAUGGGGUGGAUCUAGGCCCGCAGGGAAACGAACAGGUGGUACAGACACACCACCAUCACGGCGUCCUGAUAGUCAGAUGCACCGUACGGGGACCAGCUCUUCGCUGAACAAUAGUGGGAAUCUUCGGUCGCCCGGUAGUCCUGGACGAAAGGAAUCAAUGCCAUCGACAAAAGGCAACAUUUUCUCCUUCAUGCCAUACCUCCAUUUCGAAACAGAUCGCCAACGUCAAGAGAUGCAGAAUGCAAUCCUGCAAGCACAGCUGCUCAAAGAACGCGAAAGGAAUGAAGAACGCAUUCUCAAACCGGUGAUCCAGCGAGCCUCGACGUAUGACGAAAUGCUACUGAGAGCCCAUCUGACCUCCUCACAAGCUUCACUUCACGUGCGGCGUACGCUUGAUCAAUUUUUCUAUCACAACAUUGACACGCAGUCUCGCGACCGUGAUCAGGUAGUGUACCGCUAUCAGAACAAGUCCUCUGGCCAGCGGAACGGGGAUGAAAAGAUAUUCAUGGUCGACACGCUAUGGCUCUGGACACUUGGUAAGGAUCUCAUCGUGACUGCCUUCCCUCAACGUUGGCAGCAGCCGCGCAACGACCCACUCAAUGUUCUUGAUGGCGUCAUUGAAGACAUCAACAGCAAGACUGGAGAAUCAGUGAAAAGUGUAUAUGACCUCGCGAUGAUUAUUACAAGUCGGUGUAGCGGGAUGUUCGACAGGCAUCGAAUCGGAGAUGAAGACUAUCAAUUUCUCGAUAUGUUUGAGGCCACCAUUGGCGAUGCCACAGAGAUGGAAACAAAGCUCUUUGAUGAGUUCAACACUGCUUCGCGUCAGGCAUCAGCGUGGCUGCAGCAUCACAGGCGCGCAAGUCGUUUCUCACGCCAUUUAGAAGCUGAAGGCAGGCAGCGCGAGCAUCUGAACCGUAGGAACACAGCACAUCACUCGCAUGAUCAUGCCUUACUGGAUCCCCCAAUUCUAGAAGAGCAAUUUAGCUACGAUGACACGGACCGCACAGCUUCUCAUGCACCCCUAUUCGUUGACAAGCUGCUGGACAUAGGCGCCGAGACAGAUCUUCUGCGAGAGACCAAAGAUAUCCGCGAUGAGCUGAACAUGAUUGCAAAAGUUUUAGAUGACCAGCGCAAUGUCAUUCCAGACAUGGAAGCAAGCAUCCUGGACAUCUAUCAUAAAGAACACAGAAGUCAACAAGAUCUCAAGAGGAGGUUCAAAGACAUGGUAAAGACGAUUGAAACUCAUAUCAAAGACUUGGACCGCAUGGACAAGCAAGCUGAGCGCAUCUACAAAUCCAUCACUGAUCUCUUGGACCUGAAGCAAAAGCAUGCCAACGCAUUCGAGGCCAGGUUUGCACGCGACCAAGCUGCUGCGACUGCGGAACAGGGUCAGACCAUACAGAUCUUCACAAUCGUAACCAUCAUCUUCCUCCCCUUAUCCUUUAUUGCGGCCAUGAUGGCCAUCAAUAUCCGAGAAUUCCCACAUCGAGAAGGCAGCGAUGAGCCUUCGCUCCCACUCUCCUUUGUCAGCAAAUGGGUGUUUGGAUUUGGUUUAGCCUUCAGCAUCCCCUUCAUCGUAAUCGCCCUUUCCUUUGACGCCAUAAGCGAUUUCUUCCGUGAAGUGCGUCGUCGGUUUCGCGACCGCAGAGCGAAGCAAAACCACAGUCAGCCAGGCAAAGACGUCAUCACCGACGACAACACCUCCACCAAAAUCGAGUACGGAAUCGACAUUGGUGCCCUCGACCAAGUCCUCAGCACUGGAAGAAGUACAACCGUACGUUAUGGCGGUCGACGCAGUAUCGAAAGCUAUCUUGGCAGUGCACGCUGGACAGAGGGCGGUUCCAUUCUUCCCGUCACGAGUCACAGCACAGCGAGGGCGGUGGACAGUACGCUGCCGGCUCUUGGCACGAAUACAAGCGGCAAGGUGACGGUUGCGGGCAGAUUGAGCUUGGAGAGGCCGGCGCCGAGGAUUAGCACGGGCUUUCGGAUGAGGGCAAGUGCGGAUCUGGAACGCGCUUAG